CUCAGGUCUGUCCUCGGUCCAGCAGCCCUAUUACCUACCUAGGUACCUUGCUACUUUGAAGUUUGAGUACCUUGAGGUCCCCUGGAGUUGCUGAUUCAUACAAGGUACAAACAUACCUAUAUCUAAGACCACCUUCGCUAAUAAAUAACUCCAGACUAUUUCCACCUUCAUCUUCUAGGCAACAAAGCUAAGACGGAGAAUUUAAUAUGUACCUGUUAUUCCGUCAUUCGAGGUUUGGAGAAUUCUCACCCACUCCAAGGAGACUUUAAAAGGUGAAAAAUACCUACACUAGAAAUGACGCGGUUCAUUUCAUCUUGGGAAUUCCACAUUCUACCUUAUAAGCCAUAUCAUGGACUCGUUCUUGAAAGGAACCAAGCGAAAGUCAUCCGCAUUAGAAGAAGACCCAUCCUUGGUCGACGAUAAUGAGUCAACAGAUGUGAAACUGGCAAUUCUCUCAUCAUUGCACACCAAUAUUAGCCAGGAAGCCUUACUAGAAGCCCUCCUAGCGCAUGACGGCUCUGUUCAGGCUGCUUCUGCUUCUCUAGCCGAGGAUCGAUUAGCGUCGCCAAAGAAGAAACGAAAUAACGUUAUUGGGUAUCAGUCUUCGCUCAGACUAUUUGCUAAUAAAGCCCCAGCUGGAGAACGGUCCGUGUCGCCAAAGAAGGCAAGACCUCUUUCCAAGAAAGGGACAACCCUUCACUUGUAUGAUCCCGAGGAUGUAGCUGAACAUACACCUUGCAGUAUCAUCCAUAAUUUUUUGCCCCCAGAUGAGGCCAAUGAGCUUCUCAAGGAGUUGCUAAUCGAAUCGGCUUCAUUCGAUAAGAUCACAUUCAAGUUAUUUGAUAACGUGGUCCAAAGCCCACAUACAUCGAGCUUCUACGUGGGAACAGAAGCCGAGAUCAACACUCAAAAGCAUGACUAUUUUUACAACGGCGCACGAUUAACAGACGUUCGGCCUAUUACUCCUCAACUUUUGCGUGUUCGGCCAAAAGUCCAGGAGGCGGUGAACAGAGAAAUCCAGAAACGUAUCAGGACUCAUUACCCCGGCGGACAAAAGUUGAAAUACCAGUCUCCGGAUCCAUGGUUACCAAAUUGUGCCUUUGUCAAUUGUUACAACGGACCUCAGGAGAGCGUUGGCUAUCACAGCGAUCAAUUGACCUACCUAGGCCCCCGAGCUGUGAUAGGCUCCCUUUCCCUAGGGGUAGCAAGAGAAUUUCGUGUUAGACGGAUCACGCCAAAGGACUCCGAUGCUAGUCCUACGGAUGAUGCGGACACUGAAGGGCAAAUCUCUAUACAUCUUCCGCAUAAUUCUCUCUUAGUGAUGCAUGCUGAGAUGCAGGAGGAAUGGAAACACAGCAUCACCCCAGCUCAAGCGAUCGACCCUCAUCCCAUUGCAGGUAAUCGGAGGAUUAACGUCACAUAUCGCCACUACAAGCCAAGUUUCCACGCGAAGUAUACCCCGAGAUGCAAAUGUGUUAUUCCUGCUAUACUGAGAGUUGUUCAAAGAAAGAAGGAAAACCAGGGGAAAUAUUUCUGGAUGUGUCAUGGAGGAAAUGUGCCUGGUAAAAAAAAUUGUUCAUUCUUCCAAUGGGGCGAUUUCGAUGACGAUGGGAAUCCUAGUUGGGACAAGUCGCGGUAUAAAGUUGCCCAGGGGAACGGCCGCUCAGAGGACAGUUUACGAUGAUCAAUAUUCGGAGCCCUUAUCACCCUAUCUUGACCUUAAUACAAAACAACCGAAACAUUACCACGAACAGAAGACUAUAUUGCACUAGCUUGGGUUUGAGUGGAGGUAAAACUUCGAUACAAAGGAGUAUACCGGAUAAGAAUCUCCCCGCUCUCACUGCUUAAUCCCGAUAUAUACCUCUCUUGUAUUUCGGAUUUCAUGGCUCAACAUAAAGUGGCGGGCGGCUAUAGCCAUCCACCUGCUUCACGUUCAAAUCGCCGACGUCUAAGCCGUUCAAAGCCCUCAGGUUGAUGGGUGUAAACGCAAACGCUCUCUUAAUGAACUCCCUCUGGUCUUCGGGUAGUUUAUUGAGCUCCUCCUCAGAGACCGGUGGAAUAUGAUUAUGAAUCGAUAUUCCACAUGUCUUGCAGAAAGACUUUGCGAAUAGCUUGGUGCCAAAUUUAUAUUUGGCAAUAUUAAUGCUUACCCUGUUGCAAUAGCUGCAGUU